AGCCCCUCAACCAACCCCCUCAAGUCACCCUACACCCCAACACUUUCAAUUUGUAUUUUUCAUCUUUACAACUAAGAUAACCGACACUUCUUUUCUUCUAAUCAAUCUCUAGACACCAGUUUUCUUAAACUAAAACAAAGCCAGAACAAGCCUAUAUAUAGCUACAUAUAUAGCAAAAGCUACCAAAUCUCAACCGUAGAAUCCACCAUGACACUAAUCAGCUUGAUCAUGUUUCUCAUGAUCGUCAUGAUCUCUUUAUUUCUUGGAAAUGCAGAAUCUCUUAGCAGAGUUGAUUUCCCAGAUGGGUUUAUUUUUGGAACUGCUUCUUCAGCUUACCAGUUUGAAGGGGCUGUAGAUGAGGGGAAUAAAGGAGUUAGUACAUGGGAUACAUUCACAAAAAAAUCAGGGAGGAUUUUGGACUUCAGUAAUGCAGACACAGCCGUUGAUCAAUACCAUAGAUUUGAGAGUGACAUAGACUUGAUGAGGGAUUUGGGAGUGGAUGCUUACAGAUUUUCAAUAUCAUGGCCAAGAAUUUUUCCAAAUGGAACUGGAGAAUACAACCCAGAAGGAAUACAAUACUACAACAACCUCAUAGAUGCUUUACUUCAAAAGGGAAUAAAGCCUUUUGUGACUUUAUAUCACUGGGAUUUACCACAAAUGCUUGAAGACAGAUAUGAAGGAUGGUUGAACAAACAGAUUAUAAAAGACUUUGAGCAUUAUGCUAUCACAUGCUUUAAAGCUUUUGGAGAUAGAGUCAAACACUGGAUCACCUUCAAUGAACCACAUGGUUACUCACUUCAAAGCUAUGACUUAGGCAUACAAGCUCCUGGAAGAUGCUCUAUUCUUGGCCAUUUGUUUUGUAAGAAAGGAAAUUCAUCAACUGAACCUUAUAUUGUAGCUCACAAUAUUCUCUUGUCUCAUACUGCUGCUUAUCAUAGCUAUCAAAGAUAUUUCAAGGAGAAACAAGGAGGUAAAGUAGGAAUAGGCUUAGAUACCAAGUGGUAUGAACCCAUUUCGGACAGCGAAGAGGACAUUGAUGCAGCAAAUAGAGCAAUGGAUUUUGGGCUUGGAUGGUUUCUUGAUCCACUUCUUCUUGGUGACUACCCUCUUUCUAUGAGGAAACUUGUGGGAGAGAGGCUACCAAAGAUCUCACAACCAAUCUCAAAGCUCUUGGUGGGGUCUCUAGACUUUGUUGGUCUAAACCAUUACACCACAUUCUACGUGCGAAAAGACAAGACGCGAAUUCGAAAGUUCGUAUUGAAAGAUGCUAUAUCAGAUGCUGCUGUCAUUACAACAGCAUACAGGAGAGGAGUUCCAAUUGGAGAAAGAGCAGCCUCUCGUUGGUUACAUAUAGUGCCAUGGGGGAUCAGGAAGUUGGCAAGAUAUGUGAAGGACAAGUAUGGGAAUCCCCCAGUAAUAAUCACAGAAAAUGGUAUGGACGAUCCAAACCGACCCUUUGUGCCAUUGGACAAGGCCUUAAAGGAUGAGAAGAGAAUAAGAUUUCACAGAGAUUAUUUGUCAAACUUAUCUGCUGCUAUAAGACAAGAUGAGUGCGAUAUUCGCGGCUAUUUCGUCUGGUCACUGCUUGACAAUUGGGAAUGGAACAUGGGCUACACAGUCAGAUUCGGACUCUACUAUGUGGACUACAAGAACAACCUUACAAGGAUUCCAAAGGAUUCUGUUCAAUGGUUUAAAAGAUUUCUCCGGCCGAAAAGAGAUUUAAAAUACCAGAUAAUCUGAAAUCGUUCCUUAUAACAUGAAUAGCUAUUCAAUUAAUUCUUUGUAACCUGAAUAACUAUCCAAAUAAUUUCACAAAAUCUACCUAAUUUUAGAAGGCCGCGAUUACACCAUACACUUAAACUUCUUUAAAAUAAUCACAUUUCAGAAGACUGCUUAAGCUUUACAAAAUCCUCAAAAUUCAAUAUCAUGGCAAAAAAGACUUUGAACAGUAAGCUGUGUCACCAGAUGAUCUAUUUUUGGACAUUUGUUUUGUAAGAAAGGAAAUUCAUC